GUCGGCAGGGACCAGUUGGGCCGAAGGGCCUGCCUCCGUGCUGCAUUGGUGUUUGACUCUAACUUGAACCUGGAUCAACGCGAAUCCGAGGGAAGUGCUGGAACCGAAGGGUUGCCCAAUGGUCGGAGAGCAGAUCUUGUAAAGUGGGGUGAUGAGGUUGCAGCCGACGGGGUGUGAACUUCGUCACUGAGUCCGGGAGUAAGUUCCCAGUGACCGGGUGCAGCUCCCGGGAGCAGAGGGACACCGGCUGCACCAUGUGGAGGGUGCGGCCCCUCGCCUCCCUCCGACCCCUCCUGGCGGGACGUCCCGGCUGGCCGCCCGCCCGCGCCGCCUCAUCCACCAACAUCUCGGCGUUCAUGCCCGAGGCGGCGGCUUUCGCCGGGGUCCGGGACUACCCGGCGCUGAAGCAGCUCUCCCUGCGGCAGGCCGAACGGUUCUGGGAGGCGCUGGCCCGGGCCAGGCUGAGCUGGAUCAGUCCCUUCCACACGGUCAGUGACUGCGACCUGGCCCGGGGCAGCAUCAGGUGGUUCGAGGGAGGGCGGCUCAACGUCUCGGUGAAUUGCAUCGACCGUCACGUCCACACGUCUCCAGACAAAGUGGCUUUAAUCUGGGAGAGAGAUGAGCCUGGUGCUGAAGUGAAGAUUACCUACAGGCACUUGCUGGAGGUGACUUGCCGCGUGGCCAACACACUGAAGAGGCAAGGUGUCCGGAAAGGCGAUCGGGUGACCAUCUACAUGCCAGCCUCGCCAAUCGCCGUGGCCUCGAUGCUGGCCUGUGCCCGUAUCGGGGCGGUGCACACUGUGGUGUUCGCAGGCUUCAGUGCAGAGGCGUUAGCCGACAGGAUCCAGGAUGCACAGUCUGAAACUGUGAUCACCACCAACCAGGCUGUCAGGGGCGGACGGAUCAUCGAGCUGAAGAAAACAGUCGACCAAGCUGUGAAGAUGUGCCCUUCAGUCAAGCGUGUACUAGUGGCUAAGAGAACAGAGAAUGAGGUCCCAAUGUCUAAUAUUGAUAUCCCCCUUGAAGAGGAAAUGAUGAGAGAAGAAGCAGUGUGUGACCCCGUUGCCAUGGAGAGUGAGGACCUGUUGUUCCUGUUGUACACAUCGGGGAGCACUGGGAAACCCAAGGGCAUGGUACACACACAGGCCGGCUACCUGCUGUACACGUCACUCACACACAGGUACGUGUUUGAUUACCGCGAUGGUGAUGUGUUUGGCUGUGUCGCAGACAUUGGAUGGAUAACUGGCCACAGUUAUGUUGUGUAUGGGCCCCUGUGCAAUGGAGGAACCACUGUUUUGUUUGAGAGCACCCCUGUCUACCCCAACCCAGGCCGUUACUGGGAGAUGGUCGAAAGGCUGAAGAUCAACCAGUUCUACGGGGCGCCCACGGCAAUCCGUCUGCUGCUCAAGUAUGGAGAUGAGUGGGUGAAGUCUCAUGACCGGUCCUCGCUGAAAAUACUGGGCUCAGUUGGCGAGCCUAUCAAUUCUGAGGCGUGGGACUGGUAUUACCGAGUGGUUGGGGACGGCAGAUGUCCAGUGGUGGAUACCUGGUGGCAGACAGAGACUGGUGGAAUCUGUAUCGCCCCUUGCCCUGCCGAAAGAGACGCAGAGAUCAUCCCGGCCAUGGUGAUGAGGCCCUUCUUUGGAAUAGAUCCUGUCCUCAUGGAUGACCAGGGGAGGAGGUUAAUGGGCAACAACACCGCUGGUUCUCUCUGCAUCGCCCAGCCUUGGCCUGGAAUGGCCCGAACUAUCUACAACGACCAUGACAGAUUCAUUACCACGUAUUUCAAACCCUACCCCAACCACUUUUUCACAGGUGACGGGGCGUACAGAUCCGAGAAAGGCUAUUACCGGAUCACGGGCAGACUGGAUGAUGUCAUCAACGUCAGCGGACACAGGCUAGGCACAGCUGAGAUCGAAGGCGCUGUGAACCAACACCGAGUUGUGGCCGAAUCCGCAGCAAUCGGAUGCGCUCAUGAGAUCAAGGGAGAAGCUUCCUAUGUCUUCAUUGUUCUAAAGGAUGGAGUUGACAUGACUGAGCACGUCAUCAGAGAGGAACUGAAAGGCAUCGUCUCCCAGAAGAUUGCUAAGUACGCUGUUCCUGAUUACAUCCAGAUUGUGAAGCGACUGCCCAAAACCCGCUCGGGGAAGAUAAUGCGGAGGGUCCUGAGGAAGAUCGUGGAGCGCAAACUGGAUGAGCUGGGAGACCUCACCACGUUGGACGACCACACAGCCAUACAAGAAAUUGUCGCCGGGCACAAGGAGAUGCUGAAGAAGGAAGCAAAAGAAUAGGCGGGGUUUUAAUUAAUUGGGAGACUGGUUUUAUUUUUGUAAAAUUACAUUCAAGUGCAACAGAUCGCAGCUCCUUGCUCCCUCCCCACCAGGGCCAGGAUCAGUACUGUGCACACACUGGAUGCACUUUAUUGUCCUGAAAGUGGCCCAUUGAUUCCUACUGAGACCACUUUGGGGAAGAAUUUUGGAAGUAGCCUCACUGUCCAACUCUUGAGUACCAGGGAAAGUGACUUGUUUACCAGUCGGUGUCCCCCAAAGCUCUGGAAGGUAUUUUACUACAAGAUUUUACACAGACCCAUUUUCUUUUAUCUUGAAUCUGGAGCAGUGUGCCACAGUUUAAACAAAAAAUUUGGAAAAGGAAGAUUUCCCUCAGAUAUGUCUUCAACGUAAACAGUCCAGAGUGAAGUACAAAGCCCUCUACCUGCAUUUGGGGUAGAACAGGAGGAGAGAUGCCAUAACAACAUUUAAUUAAAAUGCGUACAUAAAAUGGCUCAAAAUGAUUGGCACUAUGGAAUGGUGAAGGCAGGCAGGUGGUGAGUAGAUCAGAAACAGGUCCUGUCCCCAGCAAAAGCUCCUCCAUUGUUGCUUUCAUUCUAUAGUCAUAGAGCACAGACAGAGGCCCUUCAGCCCACCACCUCCACGCUGACCUUUGUGGCAUUGCAAAACUUCCACUGGACACAUAUUAAACCUCCCUGUCGUUAUCUGCACAAGAACUGCUUUGACUAAACUAAGAUUUAUUACAUUGAUUACCACAAAAUCAGAAAAUGCUGGAAACACUCAGCAGGUCAGACUGCACCUUUUGACUUUCUUACAUUGGUAAAUUAGUUUAUUAUUGUCACGUACCGAGGUACAGUGAAAAACUUUGUUUCACAUGUCAUCCAGACAGAUCAAUUCAUCACAACAGUGCAUUGAGGUAGUACAAGGGAAAAGCGAUAGCAGAUAAAGUAUUACAGUUACAGCGAGAGCACAGUGCAGGCAGAAAAUAAGGUGCAAGGGCACGAUGGGGGAGAUCAUGAGGUCAAGAGUCCAUCUGAUUGUACAAGAGGACCAUUCAAUAGUCUUAUAACAGCGGGAAUAGAAGCUGUCCUUGGGCUUGGGGGUGCAUGCUUUCAGGCUUUUGCAUUUUCUACCCGAUGGGUGGGGGGAAGAAAAGAGAAUGUUCCGGAUGGGUGGGGUCUCUGAUUAUGUUGGCUGCUUUACUGAGGCAGUGAGAAGUGCAGACAGAGUCCAUGGAGGGGAGUAACCAUUGGCUGUUUCUUGUAUCAGCUGUCAACUUCAAUAAAGCGUUCCUGAAGUGA